GGCUAACUUUGGCAUUCACUGCCUUUGAACACCAAGAGACUAGCAAGGGGUGAAACUCCACGCAGUGAAAAGGGCUUUUUACUGCCUCCCAUAACUACAUGGUGAUACUCCAAUAUCAGAUCUAAUAGCAAGACUGAAGGACAGGAGCCAAGCUGUUAACACUGGGGUCUACGACCAGGCGGAGAGGCCUAAUAGUUCUUCAACCUUUAUUAAGAUACCAAGAUGUGGACGAAAACUAAAGUGACAGAAUACACUGCUGAUGGGCAGGUGAUGAUCCGGAAAAGAUCCAAAGUUCCGGGUGUCAUGAUCACACAGUUUGUGGAGGAGCUUCCAGAAGGAAAAAGUACCCCGGACUUCACCCGCAAACCCAUCGCCUUGACUAUUCAGGAGGGAAAAUUAGCCAUCUUCAGGGCCAUUGUGACCGGAGAACCAGAGCCAACUGUAACAUGGGAACGAAACAACGGCGACACCUCAGAUUCAACAAGAUACCAAAUACAGUAUGACUCUGCGUCCCAUCAGCACACACUGCAGAUGCCCGAUGUCUCUACAGACCAAGCAGAUACUUAUAAAUGCUAUGCUGCAAAUGAGUUUGGAAGGGCCGUGGUCACCUGCACACUCAAUGUAAUUGAAGUUGGAUUCAAGAAGAGCAAGGCAUUGCAAGAGUCAAGAACAGCCCUGAGAGAGAAUCCAAUGGAUAUGAAGAAACUGCUGAAAACACGUACUGAACGUCCUAAACCAGAAGAAAAACAGGACGGGGAAGUAGAUCCAAAGUUUUGGGAACUGUUGCUGAGUGUGGACAAGAAAGAUUACGAAAAAAUCUGUCGUGAAUAUGGGGUCACUGACUUCCGCUGGAUGCUCAAAAAACUGAAUGAAAUUAAAAAAGAGAGAGAAGAGGAACAAGCAGUGUUUGUUAAACGACUGAGUAACCUGAAGCAUAUUGAAGUUAAAGGGAGUGGCGUCGCACAGUUUGAAAUUGACAUCGAUCUCAAUGACCCCAACAGCAAGAUUUACCUCUAUAAGGAUGGUGUGAUGGUGCCUUUCGGCAUUGAUGACACAGAUGAAGCAGGCGUGAAACACAGUCUGAAGCGAGUUGGAAAAAAGUACAUCUUCACAGUGAACGAUCUGCUGCCUGAGGAUGCUGGAAUGUACCAGGUGGAUGUUGAGGGUGUUAAUGUGUUCUCGACAGACUUCAAAGUACCCAAAGUUGAUUUCAUUGUCAAGAUUCAGGAGGUUAAGGCCAUGGAGAGAGAGGACGCUGUCUUUGAGUGCGUCCUGUCCCACCCCUUCCCCAAAAUGUUGUGGAUGGGCAAGAAUGCACCCCUGGAACAAGGGGACAAGUUUGACAUCACAGUGUCUGAGGACAAGCUCAUCCACAAGCUGGUGGUGAAGGACUGCAUGCCCCUAGACGGUGGGAUCUACGCAGCUGUGGCUGGACUUAAAUCCUGCAACGCUUGGCUUAUAGUAGAAGCUGACAAGGAUCCUAAUCUGCGCGGCAAAAAGAAAGUUCGGAAAACGACCCAGGCCGGAGGGUCGGGGGCUGACCUCGCGAAAAUCGCACAGGAGCAGCAGGCCAAACUGCAGACGGAGAGGGAGGAGCUGAUGGCAAAAAGAGCUAAAGAGGAGAAGGAGAAGGCCGAGGCUUCAGCUAAGGAGACGGACAAGGGAGGAAAAGGUGACGGUACCAAGAUGGUUUCUGAACAAAAUGGCUUUGGGGUAAAUGGUCCUGGGAAAGCUGCUCCUGCUGUGGCUGCUCCUGGGAAAGCUGUUCCUGCUGACGCUGCUCCUCCUGGGAAAGCUGUUCCUGCCGAGGCUGUUUCUGGGAAUGUUGCUCCUGUUGAGGGUAAUUCCGGGAAUGUUGCUCCUGUUGAGGGUAAUUCCGGGAAUGUUGCUCCUGUUGAUACUGCUCCUGGGAAAGCUGAUCCUGUUCAGGCUACUCCUGGGCAAGCUGAUCCUGUUAAGGCUGCUCCCGGGAAAUCCGAUUCUGCAGCGGCUGCUCCUGGAAAAGCUGCACCGGCUGAAUCUGUUGGGAAAGUUCCUGCGAAAGAAGGUCCUGCUGGUGGUGCACCCACUAAAGAUGUCCCAGUGAAAGAUGGUCAAGUAAAAGAUGUUCCGGUUGAAGAUGGGCCUGCUGCAGAUGCUGAAGGAGGCCAGCGUAAAAAGCGUGUAAGAUCUGGUCCACUCGUUCCAGAUACAAUCAUAGAUCCUGGAGUGCACUUCACCAGCGGCCUUGAGGACAUCAGUGCUAUUCUGGGCGAGUCGGCAGAAAUGGUCUGUAAGCUCAGCAGCGAGAACUGUGAAGGCACCUGGUACAAAGAUGGAAAAAAGCUGUCCUCCACCGACGAACUGACAAUAUCGAAAGAUGGGGCCUACCAGAAACUGAAAAUACUUAAAUGCCAGGAAAGUCACGCAGGCAAAUACCGCUUUGAGGCAGAUGGGCGUAAAACAGAAGCGAUGCUCGUCGUGGAAGAUCCUCCCAGGUUUGAUGCCGAUGCCCUGGCUGAAUUUUCAAAGCCUGUUGUCGUGAGAGCUGGUGAGAAAGCGACCUUCAAGAUGACCUUUGUGGGCCGCGACCCAAUGAAGGUCCAGUGGUACCUGGAGGACGAGGAGCAGCUGGAUGGCGGAAACAUAAAGGUUGAAAUAACGUCCGAGCAGAGUCGGCUGCUUCUUAGCAAGUGCCAGCGCAAAAUCAGUGGAGAGGUCAAGAUCAAAAUCAAGAACGAGUUUGGCACCAUCGAGGCCAAAACCAUGCUCACUGUGCUUGACAAGCCAACCCCACCGCAAGGCCCACUGGAUGUUAUAGAGAGCUCCGCCAACUGCAUUGAGUUCAAGUGGAGGCCUCCGAAGGACAGCGGUGGUUCUCCGGUGAUUAAUUACAACCUGGAGCGUCAGCAGGUGGGGCGAAACACCUGGAAGAAGAUCGGGGACAUCCCUGGAGACCCCCCCAUUUACAAAGACACAGAUGUGGACCACGGCAGGAAGUACUGCUACCGCAUCAGAGCCAUCACGGCAGAGGGCGUGAGCGAGACGAUGGAGACUGAAGACGUACAGGCUGGAACUAAAGCAUAUCCGGGUCCACCAGCCGCACCCAAAGUGAUCAGUGCUUUCAAGGACUGUAUUAAUCUCCAAUGGGUCGCCCCAACCAACACCGGAGGAACGGCCCUUUUGGGCUACAACCUGGAGAAACGCAAGAAGGGCAGCAACAUCUGGAGCCAAGUCAACCCGGUGGAUGAACCCAUUAAAGAGAAAAAACAUGCGGUGACAGACAUCAUAGAGGGGAUGGAGUAUGAAUUCCGCGUGUCAGCGAUAAACAUUUCCGGGUCGGGUGAACCAAGCGUUCCCUCUGACUUUGUAUUUGCCAGAGACCCCAAGAAACCCCCAGGUAAAGUCAUUGACCUGAAGGUGACGGACUCCACCUACACCACCUUGUGCCUGGGCUGGUCUAAGCCUCAUGAAGACGAGGGAGUCCAAGACGAAGCCAAAGGCUAUUUUGUGGAGAUUAGACCAGCGGAGAGCCCAGAUUGGCAUCGUUGCACAACGAAUGCCAUUAUCAUGACCAGCUUCACCAUAAAAGGUCUGAAGUCAAUGGCCAUGUACUGGGUCAGGGUGACCGCCACCAAUGAGGGGGGAGAGGGGGAGCCCCAGGAACUGGAUAACUACAUCCUCGCCAUGCCUCCCCCUGUGCGGCCCAGAUUCACCGAUGUGAAAAUGAACAGUUUUGUAGUGGUGAAAGCUGGAAACUCUGCACGAGUCAACAUUAACUUUGAGGCCUCUCCUUGGCCAGAGGUCAGCUGGCUGAAGGACGGCUCACCAGUGUCUAAGCGGGCAACCGUUAGCAACGCUGAAGGCACAUCCCAGCUCCUGAUUCCUUCAGCAGAGCGCUCCGAUACAGGCGUCUACACCAUCAUAAUCAAGAACCUAGUGGGCCAGGACACCUUCAGUGUUGAGCUCCGAGUCACAGACGAACCCAAACCUCCUGGUCCGGUGGAGCUUGACGAGAAUGUUCCAGGCACGGUCACAGUGUCCUGGACACCGUCUCCAGAUGAGAAACGUGACGACCGGCUCCACUACAUGGUAUCCAAGCGCGACUCAGUCAAACGGGCCUGGCACACUGUAGCCGACCACCUCUUCAAUAACAAGUUCACUGUCUGCAACAUCAUGCCAGGACGACAAUACUACUUCCGAAUCUAUGCUAAGAAUGAUAUGGGCGUAUCUGAGCCUUCUGAAUCGCCAGUCUGGGAAGUCACAAGAAAAAAAGAAAAGUUCACAGUGAAUACCAUGGAAUCUAAGACCUGCAACUUGGAGAGUGCGCCCAAAUUCAUGAUCCCUCUGAAGAUGCACGCCGCGGCCCAAGGCUACGAGUGCUACAUGAGCUGUGCCGUGCGGGGCGACCCCGCGCCCCACGUCACAUGGUACAGGGACAACGUCAGCCUCAACACCAACACCAACUACUACAUCACCAACACCUGCGGCGUGUGCUCCAUGCUCAUCCUCAGGGUCGGGCCCAAGGACACAGGGGAGUACAAAGUCAUCGCGGAAAACCCGCUGGGCCGAGCAGAGUGCUCCACCAAGCUCACCGUCAGAGAAUAAGACAACGCAACUGUCAAGAUGAAGGCAUAGGACACUGACAUCACAUUAUUUUCUACUGAAUACGGGCUGAAAUUCCUGUUGUGUUUGUAUGUACCUUGUAUGUACCUACUAAAAUUAUCAUUUUAUUGAGUGGUACUGUUAGUGCCCCCCCCCCCCCCAACCCCAACCCAAACCCCCCACCCCCGUUUGUUGUCUCCCUGUCCACCCAAAAUUUGAGAUGAGAUCUUCACCCUUGGUACUCAUACUUUAUGUUUCAAAGGGGAACUAUUUACAGAACACUUAACAUUUGUAAAUAAACUGUAAUAAAGUGGAGACCUACUGUAUUUCCAGUGCAAGAGUUUAAGACAAGACCAACUGUAAAGUGCAAGAGAAAGUCUAGUCCUUGAAAGAUGUGAAGCUUUUCUUUAAAAAAAAGUAUUUUAAAUGAUGUCUCUUGGAUGGUGUGAACCCUUUCUCCCUGGAUGAUAAGUCUUUUAUUUAAAAGGAAUAUGUGUGUAUGGUAACCGAUAGCUCCCUGGAUGGUGAGAGUCCUUUCUUUAAAAGGAGUAUGUGCGUAUUGUAAUUGAUGGAUCCUGGAUGGUGUGAAACCCUUAUAUGAAAGGAAUAAGGAAGUACUGUGAGAAAGGCAAGAUCUCCAGAAAACCCUUGGCAUGACAAAAUGGUCAUCAAAUUGAGCUGUUAAGUGCUCAUCUUUAUAACCCAUUGAGGUUCCGAAACAGUAGGGAACUUGUAGCAACAACACAAAUGCAACAGGAAUUCUCCAGUAAUGUUUUAAUUGUGUAAACACUACUACAAGCAUAUCAUAUGGGAAUGGAAGAUGAAACCAUUCAGAAUAUCUGAAACAUACCCACCCAGUGUAUAAUAUGAGCUGUUCUAUUUUCCAGUUUAAUUUGGCCCGUUUUUUUUUUUUAGAGUGCUUAAUGUAUGCAACUAUUUCACAGAGAAAAUACAAAAAUACAGACUUUUUUUUUUUUGCUUUGGAUUGUGUUUUACAGAUGAGGAGCAUUGUCUUAAUUUGAAUAAUAGAUGUCAAACACUAUCACUAUAAGGAACACCUCAUUUAAUUGCAUGCAAUGGUUUUCUCGUUUUCGUGAGACACAUGCAAGUUAAAACUAAAGUGGGAAAAAAGUGUGAAAGGCAGAUAAUAUUUAUUAUGUGAUAAUAUGUAAUAAAGGCAAUCUCUGUUGUGCUUAUA